ACUGAGCUGGAACACCGACUUUGAGAGACGUGUGACUGACCCUGCGACCAGGACGAGAGGACGUUCGGCGAUCGGGUUCCAGCGGAGAGAGAACGGCAAACUUGGGACUCUUGAGCGGCGGGUCUGGCUGAUAAACAGAAACUCUCCACUCCUCGGAGCUGGGAGGACCAGACGCUGGAAUAGCUGCUUUGGAGAACACAAAUGGCUAGAAGGAAACAAGCCUCAGGAAAGACCACUUGUUGCUGUUGUUACUACUAGCACGGCUGUUUCUGUGCCUUGUGUUUUUAGGAGUGUCUCUUGGGAUACAGUCAAGAGAAAAGUCUCUAAAACAAAGUGCCUGAAGCGAGGGAUGGCACUGGCCUUGAUCCACCCUAGCAAGCGUGCAUACUCUUUGGCUCCCCUGAAUCUGAAGGAGGAGCUUCAGGGAUUCAAAGUUCAAGGGGACAGAAAAGGCGUUGGGCAGGAGCCAUUGUGCAAACAGUUCAGGCAGCUGCGCUAUGAGGAAAGCACUGGACCUCGAGAGGUUUUACGCCGACUCAGGGAGCUCUGCAGACAGUGGCUGCGGCCUGAGACCCACAGCAAGGAGCAGAUCCUGGAGCUGCUGGUACUGGAGCAGUUCCUGACCAUCCUGCCAAGAGAUCUGCAGGUCCAGGUGCUCGAGCACCACCCAGAGACUGGGGAGGAACUGGUGGGAAUACUGGAAGAUUUACAGCUGGACCGUGGAAAAGCAGGAGAGCAGAAGGACUCAGCCCAAAGAACCAGACCGACUGUACUGGUUGGAGAGCCAGCCCUUCACAGAGAAACACAGGAGCAGCCUGAGUAUGUGCUUCAGAAGCCUGAGGAGACAGGUAAAGAGACAAGGAGUGAAAAUGGGAAGUUCAUUGCAGAGACAGACUCUUGUGAAAGAGUGGAAUCAUCUAGUACAAUGUCUGAACCCAUCGAGGCCCAGUGUGAGGACCUGAGCUUGAAAAAGUAUCCAUCCAUGCCCCAGGAAAAAACUAACAGCCAAUGCUUGGAAACUAAGGAGAGACUUGUUCAGAACUCAAGCAUGAUUGAACAUGACAGAGCACAUACAGGAGAAAAGCCCUGUGAAUCUGUAGUAUAUCAGAGUUCUGUUGCUACUGAACAUCAGGAAAUCUCUAAAGAGAAAGGUCACCCCUGCCAAGAGUGUGGGAAAGUCUUUCAGAGAAGCUCACACCUCAUCAGACAUCAGAAAAUCCAUCUUGGUGAGAAGCCUUACCAGUGCAAAGAGUGUGGAAAAGUCUUUAGCCAGAAUGCAGGUCUUUUGGAGCAUCUCAGGAUCCAUACUGGAGAAAAACCCUAUCUGUGUAUCCAUUGUGGAAAGAACUUCAGGCGAAGCUCUCAUCUUAAUCGACACCAAAAAAUUCACAGUCAGGAUGAGCCCCGAGAAUGCAAGGAGUGUGGGAAAACCUUUAGUCGGGCCCUCCUCCUCACCCACCAUCAGAGAGUCCAUGGUCGUUCCAAAAGACAUCACUGUAAUGAGUGUGGGAAAGCCUUCAGUUUGACCUCCGACCUUAUUCGACAUCAUAGGAUUCACACUGGAGAAAAACCUUUCAAAUGUAACGUGUGUCAGAAAGCUUUCCGUCUAAAUUCACACUUAGAUCAGCAUGUCAGAAUCCACAAUGAAGAAAAACCCUACAAGUGUAGUGAAUGCAAUGAAGCCUUCAGGCAGAAGUCUGGUCUCUUUCAGCAUCAGAGACAUCACCACAAAAGCAAAGUGGCUUAAUGAGGCUCUCUGUUUGAAAUAUUGAAAUGUUACAUUGAUAAGUAAACCGAGCCUUUUAAAAGAACUCACCACAGCUUUGGCUUCAGUAUCCUUGGAAGCCAUAUGUCUCCAUUGUUUCCCUCUCUUGGCUUUACUUAAAGCUAUAAUUACACUACAAUAAUUUUACCCUUAGAGUGGAAUCAGAGUUAAACAAGUAUUGACUACAGAACUUCUCAGAGCUUUCGAUAUGAUAAGUACAUGAUUAUUUAUCUCUUAAGUAUUAGCUUUAUGUGUGAGUGAAGUCUUUUAAAUCAGCAAGUCAAGUGCCUAAAGAUUUAUACAGAACAAGAUCAAGCUGAUAUUUUUGCAAGUACUGUAGGAACAGGCUCCUUAAAAGUAAAAUUAAUGAGGGUUGGGGAGAUGGCUCAGUGGUUAAACCAAGUUGCUAUGCAAGUGUAAGGACUGUUUUGUAUCCCCAGCACCCACGUAAAGUCAAGUGAGUUUGGUGGCCAGCCCAUGGCCCAGCACCCAUGUAAAGUUAAGUGAGUAUAGUGGCCAGCCCAUGGCCCCACCCUCAGGUGGCAAAAAGGGGAUCUUCAGAGCAAGCUGGCUAGCCAGACUUGCUAUAUCAGCAAACUUUGGACUCAGGGGAGAGAGUUUGGAGAGCAGUUGGUGGAGUUAUCUAGGAAGACUCCUGAUGAUAAUCUUAAGUACACAUGCAUCCAUACACAUGGAGAGCCAUACAUGCAGACAUCAUACAUGUGAAAAGACAAAUCCUAAGGAGCUAGAGUCAGCAGUUAACACACCUGCUCUUGAAAGGACCCAUCCAUUUUCAGUUCCUAGAACAUCCAUAGCUGCUCACAAUUCCAGUUCCAGGGAUCUGAUGCCCUCUUCUAAUCUUCUCAGGCUUCUGUAUACAGGGGUCCACAGAAACUGGUACACACACACACACACACACACACACACACACACACAACUUGUAAAAUAUUUUUAAGCCCAAAAUAAAUCUAAUAAUACUUAGAAAUACACAUUCUCAAGGGUCUAACAUAGGUUAACUGGACAUUUUCCCUAUUGGGUUCAUACACACACUGGCUUCAUAUGCACUUUACCCUUGUACCAUCAAUGAAUGCAUUUCUGAAAGCAAAGAUAGCUUUUGCUGUUUAACUAUAGAACCUACCCUUAGAAUUAGCUCAUGUCAUUUUACAUUUCCUACCCAUUUUAACCACGGUAUCCCAGUGUUUCAAAUUAUAAAUCAGUUUUACUUAAACUAUGCAAGAGACCUUGAGUCAUUUGAAUGAACAGUGUUGAAUUAUUCUAAGCAGCAACUUUCUUACUAGGCAACAACAGUGCCAGUACAGUGACUGCUUGAAGGACACCUAAAUGAAUGUCCCAUGGGGGAAAACGGGUUUUUUUUCCCCUUUGAUACCAAUGAUGCAAACUUAAAUGAUGCUUAUUUUGAAGUCAUUUUGACCAUUAAAAUCAAAUCAGCUUGGAGAUUUGGUCAUCAGGUUAUACUGACAGUCUUGCUAGUAAUGAGCAGUGGUAAGCUUGGAGUCUUUCCAAACACAGCACCAGACUGCUAAACAUUGCUUGUGGUUGGUAACUGCACAGGGUGUACUUCUCCAAGGAAAGGGCUUCUUGAGUUAUGCCUUUUUGGGAAGAUAAGGGGACUCUUGUAGUGAACACAACUUGGUUUCACUACAUGUGGCUUACAAAUAAAUAGCAACUUACAAAUGCUUAUUUUUUCUUGUUCAGUAGAAAAGGUUAGAGUAGUCCAAGACCCAUGGGAAACCUAGUCAGCUUGCUGCCAGUCAUAUCUAAGGAGGGGACAGGCCAAGGACUGCUAGGUGCAAUUCUGACAUUAAUCUUCCCUUUAUCCCCCUUUAGCCAAACUUUUAGCUCUGCAGAAAAUAAAGCCCACUUCCUUUGUCAAGAUUUUGGCCUAAGAUACACUCUAAGCAAAAUUGGGGAGAGCUGUCCAAAGGGACUGGCUAAACUGAGAAGAACCUCUUUUUGACCUUUUGCCCAUACUUUGCAUGUGAUAGUUGCAACUUCAGCAGUCAUAUGGCCUUAAAAACUGAUGGCAUGGACUAUGGUUAGGUCCCCAACACCACCAAAAUAACAGUGUUAGCAUGUGAUCAAUCUCCUUGAUGUAACUCAUGUCCAUACCAAAAUGUGCAUGUAACAGGCAUUUGUAACACUUGUAAUUCCUAAGCCUCAGAAGAAAGCACCUGUUUUAGAACAUGCUUUAUAUUUCUACUGCUGAACAUUCUUUUAUGCACCGAUUAAUCAUGUAUCACUGUUUGUGUGAAAGUGAUGUUCCUUUUCUGGCCUUUCUCUUAGCUUCUCCUUUUACUUCUAAACAGCAUGGCCCUUAAAAAUUAGAGAACUAUCAAACUUUUAAAUGCACAUUACUUUUUGUCAGUUUGUGUGUGUAUAUUUACCCAACAGAUAUAUUUAAAACAACGUAAAAACAUGAUUGAUAGGGUAAAGAAAAUACUUUUCUAUGGAAAUAGUGAUAUUGACAGUAUUGUAAACAGUCUGUAAAGUGUUCAUAAAGUUUCAAAGUAAUUUUUGAAUAAAAUUAAAGCUUUAAAAAGAAA